GUUGGGAGGGGGCGCCGGAAACUUCCGGGCGAGACCGGCGCAUUUCCGGUCAAAAUGGCGGCGCCCACCAGAGUCAGGUGGCAGCGACUCUAUCUUUAGUAGCGGCGGCGACUUGAGGCCCGGGGGAGCAGUCCCCCAGGAGUCGACCCAUCCCGACGCCAGAACUACCUCAGCGCUGACCACCUCCUACCCCAAACACAGUCUUCCCUUCAGAAACGGCCCAUGGCGGACCAGGGCUCAGGGGGCAGCCGCCUCCCUCUGGCGCUGCCCCCAGCCUCCCAGGGCUGCUCAUCCGGGGGCGGCGGCUCCUCUGCGGGGAACUCGGGCCAUCCUCUGCCCCCUCGAAACCUUCAAGGCCUGCUGCAGAUGGCUAUCACGGCGGGUUCUGAGGAACCAGACCCCCCUCCAGAACCCAUGAGUGAGGAGAGGCAUCAGUGGCUGCAGGAGGCUGUGUCAGCAGCCUUCCGGGGCCAGCGGGAGGAAGUCGAGCAGAUGAAGAACUGUCUUCGAGUGCUGUCCCAGCCUAUACCCUCCUUGGCCGUUGAGGCUGAACUGGCCACUGACCAGCAGGAACGCGAGGGGGCCCUGGAGCUGCUGGCCGACCUGUGUGAAAACAUGGACAAUGCUGCAGACUUCUGCCAGCUGUCAGGCAUGCACCUGCUGGUGGGCCGCUACCUGGAGGCAGGGCCUGCAGGGCUGAGGUGGCGAGCAGCACAGCUCAUCGGCACGUGCAGCCAGAAUGUGGCAGCCAUCCAGGAGCAAGUGCUGGGCCUGGGUGCCCUGCGCAAGUUGCUGAAGCUGCUUGACCGGGACCCCUGUGACUUGGUGCGCGUGAAGGCCCUCUUUGCCAUCUCCUGCCUGGUCCGGGAGCAGGAGGUGGGGCUGCUGCAGUUCCUUCGCCUGGAUGGCUUCUCUGUGUUGAUGCGGGCCAUGCAGCAGCAGGUGCAAAAGCUCAAGGUCAAGUCCGCAUUCCUGUUGCAGAACCUGCUGGUGGGCCACCCUGAACACAAAGGGACUCUGUGCUCCAUGGGGAUGGUCCAGCAGCUGGUGGCCCUGAUCCGGACAGAACACAGCCCCUUCCAUGAGCAUGUGCUUGGAGCCCUGUGCAGCCUGGUGACAGACUUCCCCCAGGGCGUGCGCGAGUGCCGGGAGCCCGAGCUGGGCCUGGAGGAGCUCCUCCGCCACCGCUGCCAGCUGCUGCAGCAGCACGAGGAGUAUCAGGAGGAGCUGGAGUUCUGCGAAAAGCUGCUACAGACCUGUUUCUCCAGCCCGACGGACGACAGCAUGGAUCGGUGAACCCCGGUGGCUCAGCACCCCCUCUCUGUGGGAACCCCAGGCGUCCUGUCUCCCAGGGGGAGAGCAGAGCCUUGUUGGUGCGCAGCCAGGGCGGCCCGCCCGGUUCGCUAAAGAAGGCGCCGGCCCCUGGGCUCCACCCCUCACGCUAGCACUUUCCCCUUCCGCACCGCGUUCCCGGUUCCCCCUUCCGUGUCCACACUGUUCUCUAAUAAAGGUGUUCUCCUCCA